AUGGCGUGGAACGUAUUCAAAUUCUGCACAGCUCUACGUGGACUUGGAUCGAUCAUGAUCCUUCUGGUCUUAGGCAUCGUUGGUGUGACCUAUUACGCCGUCGUUUGGACCAAUUACGGUCCCGCGUUAUUAGAUGGAGGGCUCGAUUCUGUUGCAGCUCUUGUUGUUAUACUCCUUUUUCAUUUCUUGUUGGGGAUGCUUUUGUGGAGCUACUUCUCUGUUGUGUUUACUGAUCCUGGUGUUGUGCCUACUAAUUGGAGGCCAGAUUCAGACGAAGAGCAACAGGGUGAGUGUGAUCCGUUGAAUAGUUUGGAGUUUGGCGGGUUGCAGCCUGAUUCGUCGAACCAAAGAACUCGGUUCUGUAGGAAAUGUAAUCAGCAUAAGCCUCCUCGCUGCCAUCAUUGCUCUGUUUGUGGUCGGUGUGUGUUGAAAAUGGACCAUCAUUGUGUUUGGGUUGUUAACUGUGUUGGGGCGCUUAAUUAUAAGUAUUUUCUUCUCUUCUUGUUUUACACCUUUUUGGAAACGACUCUGGUGACUUUACUUCUCAUGCCACACUUCAUAGCGUUCUUUAGUGAAGAAGAGAUACCUGGAACCCCAAGCACUCUUGCAACUACUUUUCUUGCAUUUGUUUUGAACCUGGCCUUUGCGUUAAGCGUUAUGGGUUUCUUGAUCAUGCACAUCUCGCUAGUAGCUGGCAAUACCACAACUAUAGAGGCAUAUGAGAAGAAAGCAAGUCCGAAAUGGCCAUAUGACCUCGGUCGAAUGAAGAACUUUGAACAAGUAUUUGGUGUGGAUAAGAAGUAUUGGUUGAUUCCUGCAUACUCAGAAGAAGAUUUAAGACGAAUGCCAGAACUUCAGGGACUCAAGUACCCGUCAAAACCGGACUUUGAUUCUCAAGAUUUCUGA